GAUAAGGCCAUGGAAGAGGGGUCCUCUAUUGAGAUUUUGCUCCAAACCUUCAUUUGGUUUUGCAAAGGAGAAUUUCAAGGAGCGACGGAGAACCGAGAACGCCGAGAACGGAGAGGGUCUAGAGAGAGCGGGAGAAAGAGAGAGAGGAGUUUUCUGGGUGUAUUUGUAAUAGUGUGAGUUAAGGAGAGAGAUUUGAAGAUUGUUGUUCAAUUUGAAAUUUGCCGAUCGGAUUCUUUACUUUUUCUUCUUAUCCAAUCCGUUCUUCAUUUUGACCGAGCUUCUGGGGACUUGCGGUGCUCCGAUUGCUCCUCUCUCUCUGCCGUUGAAUUUGUUUCUUCCAAUAAAGGCAGAAGGAAGUGGAUUGGGUUUGACAACUUGUUUCCGCUUCUCGUUCUUGUCGCAAUAGACAUGUUGGACGGUCGUUCCUGUGUAUUUUCGAGGUUGUUUUCUAGCACUUGCCCGGCAGAGAACAACUGGUCUUUCAUGAAAUAUCUGCCGGAAUUGGACAUUAAAAAUGGCAAGCGCCCAUUAGAAAUCGAUGGCGAGGAUGGACCGCGGUCAAGCAAACUUACCAAGAUAUUGGACCAAAGAGCUGAAGGAGUUCGGAUUUUGCAUGAGCAGCAAUCUUGUCAGGAUAAAGAUUCAUUGGACUCUUCUGUUAUUCCCUCAAUGGACCAGGACGGAUCCAACAUCCCGGAACAGAGGAAGCACUGUGAGCCAUUCAAGGAUUUCAGAAGAGUUGAAAUGGCUGCAGCUGGCUCUAACCAACCCUCUGAUCAACAAGAGCAGCAUCAUGCUGGCGAUUCAUCAGAUUCUGUUGACUCUCAGUCUCAUAAUCAGCAGCAGGCUGGAGAUUCUUCACAUUCCGGUGACCAGCAAUCUGAUGAGCAGCAGCAGCGAGGUGCAGAUUCAUUGAAUUCUGGUAACCAACAAUCUGAUGAGCAGCAGCAGCAACAAGCAGGGAAUUCAUCUGCUUCUGGUUCUCUUUUCCCACGCAUGAACCGUGACAGUUCAAUUGCCUGUCUCAGCCGCUGCUCAAGGUCUGAUUAUGGUUCUCUUGCCUCACUAAAUAGGAGCUUUUGGAACUUAAUCCGAAGUGGUGAGCUCUAUACUUGGAGGAGACUCCAUGGCAUCAUUGAACACUGGAUUUAUUUUUCAUGUGAGCUCCUUGAAUGGGAAGCUUAUGAUCCAAUUCGCCAACGGUGGAUGCAUUUACCUAGGAUGGCUUCUAAUGAAUGCUUCAUGUGUUCAGAUAAGGAGUCUUUGGCUGUAGGCACUGAACUUCUUGUAUUUGGGAAGGAAAUGACAUCCCAUGUCAUUUACAGAUACAGUCUUUUGACAAACUCAUGGACAUCUGGAAAGAGUAUGAAUGCUCCUAGAUGCCUGUUUGGAUCUGCAAGCCUUGGAGAGGUAGCCAUUUUGGCUGGUGGUUGUGACUCAGAUGGGCGUAUUCUCAGCUCAGCUGAACUCUAUAAUUCUGAGACUCAGACUUGGGAUGUUCUCCCAAGCAUGAACAAGCCCAGGAAAAUGUGUUCUGGGGUGUUUAUGGAUGGAAAAUUCUAUGUUAUUGGGGGAAUCGGAGGGCCAGAAUCAAAGCUUCUUACAUGUGGCGAGGAGUACAAUUUACACACAAGAACGUGGACAGAAAUUCCUAGCAUGUCCCCCGGACGUAGUGCUAGGGGGGCUGAAAUGCCUGCUACUGCUGAGGCUCCACCCCUGGUUGCUGUUGUAAAUAAUGAACUGUAUGCUGCUGAUUAUGCAGACAUGGAAGUCAAGAAAUAUGACAAGGUCAGAAAACAGUGGUCUGUCAUUGGGAGAUUGCCGGAACGGGCAGUCUCUGUGAAUGGUUGGGGUCUUGCAUUCAGGGCUUGUGGAAAUCGCCUUAUUGUCAUUGGCGGACCUAGGACACAUGGGGAGGGUUUUAUUGAACUCAAUGCAUGGGUUCCCAGUGAAGGACCUCCAGAAUGGAACCUGCUUGCCAGAAAGCGGUCUGGUAAUUUUGUCUAUAAUUGUGCUGUCAUGGGAUGCUGAAGGAUUGUAUUGUCAAGAGUUACACACUAUGAUGCUUCAAAUCCAGUGGGAUGCACAACAUUCAUUCAUCCAUUGACACAGGAUGUUCUUGCUAAAUGCUAAUUGGUGCCUUCCCCUUUCUUUCUGAGUAUUUCCUUGAAAAGAGAGGGGGGGGAGGAUGGGGGAAGAGAUUCAGAGUUUGCUCAAGAUUGGCUGAUAAGUUUUACUGAAGGAGGUCUUGAGUCAUUUACUUCUAGCUUUAAAAUUUCAGUUAAUAUUUUCUUCCAUUGAAAUUGUAUCUUCCCCCAUUUUCCGUUGACAUGAAAUUUUCAAAAGUUGGUUUCAUGCAGCUCAGAAUAGGUUUAAAUAAUUGAAGUUCCAACACAAUUGUAGGUUGUUAGUAGCGUUUGCGUAAGCCCUUUGAAGAACAUACAACUAGAUAUUUGAUUUGAAGAUCAUACAUUUUCUUAGAUUGAAAUGACAAAAUAAUUUCUGUGAUUUGUUUUAUUAA